GUGUAGCGGGCAGGAGACGCAGCUCGGGUGGUGACAAACUCGGAGAAGAGCUAGCAGUAAAACGGCGGACGGGCGACUGGCAAUGGAGAGAGGAGGGGACGGAACAGGGAGAGGGAUCAUUCUGGAGCCACGGGAGCAUGUCUGCAAUACCGAAAGACGCCGUUUGCACGAUUGUUCCUUUGGUGGUCUUUCGAAACACUCGUAGAAAAGAUUAAGUGGACGACGCUCUGUAUCUUGGGGAAACAACGGCGCGUUGGCUUGGACAGAUUAACAUUAGUAAAAAAUAGGUCCCUCAGUAUGAGUCGAGAUGGUUGGAGGAACAAAGCCAGUGAAGAUGAUGGUUGGGGAGGAAUUGGGGGCUACAUGGCUGCUAAGGCCAGUAAGCUGGACGAGCAAUUUAUGAAGGAUGCUCCCAGGGAGAAGGAAAAACAGGGGACCUCAUCCAGCAUCUUCAGCGGAGUGGCUAUCUAUGUUAAUGGAUACACAGAACCCAGUGCAGAUGAAUUGCGCAGACUAAUGAUGCUACACGGAGGACAGUUUCAUAUGUAUUAUUCACACACCAAAACUACGCACAUCAUCGCGACCAACCUACCUAAUUGUAAAAUAAAGGAACUAAGAGGGGAGAAGGUAGUACGUCCAGAGUGGAUCACUGACAGCAUAAAAGCAGGGCGGCAGCUCUCAUAUCUGCAAUAUCAGCUAUAUGCAAAGCAAAAGGGCCUAAACUUUACCAAUGUGCGACUUCGGCAAGUGCAGGAGCAUGCUGGGUCUGGUCAAGGUCCAUCCCAGUUUAAUCUUAACUUACCACAACCAAGCAACCUCCAUAAUCUCUCAAACUCAGCUCUCAUUCAGUCAGCACCAUCUAAACCUACUGAGACAACCAGUCGCCAGACAGUAAACAGACUGAAUGGCUCCCAUAUAAGUUUGUCUAAGGAGGAAGGUCCCAAACUUAAUGGGAUUCAUGAUGGAAACCCUUGUAACAGUUCUACUACCUUUCUAAAAGGAUCAAAGGACAAUUUGCAAAAAAAUGGUUAUGUUCAUCCUCUGAAUGGUGCCUUAAAACAAGCUAAUAGUUCUUGUUCAAAAUCUACACACCAAGGAGCGGAGUUCAGGUACCCUCAAACAAAAGCUGAGGAAAUGGGGACGUCUAGCUGCUCUUCUCCUGGUGGUUUUGCAUCAGAUUUUACCGCAUCCUUAACCAGCACCUCACUACCACAAAGCCCAUCAAGGGCCACUCAUCAUGAGCGAAUCUCUGACUCUUUUAUGCUUUUAGAACCUUCCUCGGAAACAAUUACAUCUAUUCAGGAAAAGCAAGUAUAUUCAGAAAAGUUGCUUGGCCAGGAUCAGAUUAGCCAAGUCAGGCUGAACGGGAGUCACCAUAUCACAUCUAAUGUCACCCUAACAGGCAAACACACAGCACAGGGCCCAGAGACUGGGAUUAUCUCAGAGUUCUUCUCUCGCUCACGACUCCAUCAUAUUUCUACGUGGCGAAAUGAGUUCUCGGAGUACGUGAAUACCCUUCAGAGCAGGCGCCGGGCUGCCGGGGGUGCUGUGUUCCCUGGCAAAGAUAAGCUGAAGAAGCUUACAAAUGACCGCAGUGCAGGUACCUCAUUCAUGCCUGCUCCUCAGGUAUGUCAGUCAUGUAUUCUGCAUGUGGACAUGGACUGCUUCUUUGCAUCCGUGGGUAUUAGACAUCGACCGGAACUUAGAGGGAAACCAGUGGCUGUGACCAGUAAUCGUGGGCGGGGACUUGUUGCUCAGCGCCCUGGUGCCAACCCCCAACUGGAGUUCCAGUACUAUCAGAGAAAGAGGAACCAGCACAGAGAAGGAAGAACAGGUAAUGACAUUGAGCUGACCCCUUCUUUAGAGACUGAGGAGACUGGCUGUAACGGAGUAGAUCACGACCAGGCUACUCUCUCUAUGGCAGAGAUUGCUUCAUGUAGCUAUGAGGCCAGGCAGGCUGGUGUGAGGAAUGGCAUGUUUUUUGGUCAGGCUAAGCAGCUGUGUCCUGACCUGCAGUCGGUUCCCUAUGAUUUCCAUGCAUACAAAGAGGUGGCACUGGCACUGUAUGAGACUCUGGCCAGUUAUACUUAUAACAUCGAGGCUCUAAGUUGUGAUGAGGCCUUACUGGAUGCCACAUCCCUCCUGGCAGAGCUUGGGGUAACCCCUGAUGUGCUGGGCACUGCCAUUCGUGCUGAUGUGAGAGAGAGGACUGGUUGUUGCGCAUCAAUUGGCAUGGGCUCAAACAUCCUCUUGGCUAGGAUGGCAACCCGGAAAGCCAAACCAAAUGGCCAGUAUUUUCUCAGAAAGGAGGAAGUGGAUGACUUCAUCAGAGACCAGCCUGUCACUAGCCUUCCUGGGGUGGGACGCUCUAUUAGCAGUAAGCUAAUCUCUCUUGGAGUGACUACUUGUGAUGACCUGCAGCAGUUAUCCAUAGUGAGGUUACAAAAGGAGUUUGGGCCACGAACCGGACAAACACUCUUCCGCUUCUGCAGAGGACUGGAUGAUCGGCCUGUUCGCAGUGAGAAAGAAAGAAAGUCUGUGUCUGCUGAGAUGAACUACAACAUCCGCUUUACAAAAGAAGAGGAGGCAGAAACGUUUCUGACAAACCUGUCUAUAGAAGUAAAGAAGAGAUUGCAGGGGGCACGUCUCAGAGGGCGCAGAAUUACCCUGAAAGUUAUGAUGCGCAAAGCAGGCGCUCCUGUAGAGCCUGCCAAGUACGGAGGCCAUGGCAUUUGUGACAACCUGGCAAGGUCUGUGUUGCUACCUCAUCCCACAGACUGUGGGCAGCUCAUAGCAGCUGAGGUCAUUAAGCUCUUCCGUGCCAUGAAGCUUGAUGUUACAGACAUGAGAGGAGUGGGACUGCAGGUGCAUCUGCUGGAGAGCUCACACUCAGGCACUGCCCCAUCUCGCUCUCGCAGUAUCAGAGACUUGCUCACAAAUAGACAGCAUAUGUCCAGCCAUAACAAAGACACUCAAAAAUCAGAUUUGUCUAAAAUGUCUUCCAUUCAAACAGAGAUGUCCUCUUCCGCCACAACCCCAUGUACUUUUUCAGAUUCGAUGCCUGGAACAAGUAAAGGGGGACAUUCUACCACACACUCACCCAGCCACUCUCAAGCAGACCUCAACCUUAGCAUAGAGGUGCCACCUCCCUCUCAGGUGGAUCAUUCUGUGCUGGAUGCUUUACCUCCAGAGUUGCGAGAACAGGUAGAGCAGGCAUGGAACCACAAGCAGGUACCAGAUACCUCACUUCACCCAGCCAUACCCCAGCAAAGUUUUUCUGUAGCACCCUCUGUGUUGCUUCACCUCCCUGACCAGCCUGGGCAAACGGGCAGCACAGGCAUCAUAUUGGAACUUCCCGACUUCUCCCAGGUUGAUCCAGAAGUUUUUGCAGCACUACCCAAGGAAUUACAGGAAGAGCUACAUUCUGCCUACAGACGUAGAGAAAGUACCCAGGCUCAAGUAGUAGACCAGAGAAACCCGCUCCUUCACCUGAAGCAGACUUCAGUUGGCAGGACAAAGCGCCGGUACAAGAGGAAAAAUGCCAGUCCUGCCAAGAAAGGUGCUAGUCCAUUAAAGAAACUCAUCCCAGGAAACAGUCCUGCAAAAUCAAGUCCCACCAAAACCAUCCCACUCUCACAAAAAAGCAAAGAAGCCCUCACUGGUUUUAAGAUUGAGAAUAGACAUCCUUCAUCCUCUCUGAACCAUCAAGCCUCUGAAGUGCUGUCCAAAUGCACUCCUCGGCCUGUGCCCACCUUGGCUGGAGCUUUUGAACUCAGCGAUGUCAGAGUGCUGUUGCGGGAGUGGGUUACUACCAUUUCAGAGCCUAUGGAAGAGGACAUUCUGCAAGUGGUGAAGUACUGCACAGAGCUAGUAGAGGAUAAGGACCUGGAGAAACUUGACCUGGUUAUCAAAUACAUGAAAAGAUUGAUGCAGCAGUCAGUGGAGUCUGUGUGGAGCAUGGCCUUUGACUUUAUACUGGACAAUGUGCAGGUGGUGGUGCAACAGACCUAUGGCAGCACCCUUAAAAUCACAUAGAAACAGGAACAGACCUCAAAAAAGGUUUCAGACACUGUGACAGCUCAAACCUGCCCUUUUACCAGGAUAUUAUACAAGCAAGGUUUAACACUGCUGGCUGCUUCCAUGUUUCUCCUUGUUGCUGUUGUAUGACUGCACUUCCUUUGGAUCAAGCCUUUCUCUAAGGACACAAAGACACAUUUUCAACAGCAAUUUUAUUGUUACAGCAACAGAUUAUUUUUGUAGCAAACAACACAUGAUUGAAUUACUAAAAUAUUACAUCAGCAGCAGUUUGAGACUUAUAUUUGAGUACAGAAUGACAAUUUUAGCCUGGUCAUAAUAUGAUCUUCAAAAACUCAAAAAAAUCAUGAUGUCAACAUGCCACUUCAGAGGAACUGUCUGAAUGUUUCCCCUCCCCGGUUGCUCUGAUCUCUUUCAAAAUGAGUGCUAUACUAACACCAGAAAUAUAUGGCAAAAAUAGUAGCAAAGUAAGGGGUGACUGAGGAUUUUUUUCUUCUCUACAAUAGGUCAAGCCUAAGGUUUGGUGAAAAAAGUUUAAAUAAAAAAUAGCAUUUUGUAACUCUCAAGUGCCAGAUUUUGUAAGUAUAUAAUGUAGAUAAUGUAUGUAGAUGAGAAUAUUUCUAAAUAUUCUUUUAUGUGUGUAUAUAAUGUUUACAACUUUUUGUCUUGUGUAAGAGAGAAGAAUGAAGAAUAAUAUAAUUGUAAUGAAUCAUUUGCCAAAGUCCUUUUCAGAUUUUCAGACCAUUUCAUCAUGUAUCUGUAUGAUAAGUCCAUAGACCAGCAUGGAAUUUUGGGUAGCUUAUAAAAGCUUUCAUCAUCUCCAGAUCAUUUCAUAAUUAAGCAGAUUUGGAUGUGUGAAUUUUGAAAAGAAUUGUCACUAAAAUUACAUGAUGAAGGUUACUCUCUGCUCAUAGUGCACUUGUUGUGUUUGUUUAUUCUGCCACGAGUAUACAUAAGGGAAGGCCUGGAAAUCUAUUUGGUCAGCAAAAUCUGUCUCAAAUGACUGACCUGUGCCUGAAGACCUGAAGCUGUGACACCAUUUGUAUGUUUUUUUAAAAUUUGUUAAUAAACUUGGAUAUCUC